AUGUCACGGCCGGGAACAUCAACGGACGUUUCAGAAACAGUUCCACAGUCAGCUACAGUUACAUCGGAUACUGAGGAACCGUCUCAAGGAAUUAGUGGUGAAAUGUUGGGGAUAGAAGGUGGACAGACAAAACUAGACCAACCACUCCAGGAAGACUCCGACAACAAGGCCCUUCAAGACUCUGAAGAAGCGGAGCAGACCAAGGAUGCAGACAUCUUACCUUCUGAGACAGAUGGCAAAGAAGGAAGUAGAGAGGAAAGAAAAUUAAGACCCCGUUUACCAAAGACAUCAAGUCCAGGGAGAAGAAAGGACAAACCAGAGACAGCACUACAGGCUCAGAUGCAGGCAUCCAAAUAUGGAGUGUACGAGCCCGUUGCGUUCCUGAGCCAGCCGUGGCGUGCAGUGGACGGGUCUGUGAACAUGCGGGUGCUGGAGACCAUGCUGCAGGGACUGCUGCUGCGGAUACUGCAGAAACCUGGCAUCUCACAGACAGCCGUGCUGCAGCAUGUCCAAACUGUGCUGCCUGCGAUGGCAGCAUUACAGCUACUACAGAUGCUGCAGGCCAUGGGCUGUAUCACUGUCAGACAUGUCAGAAGGGCACCCAAAGCCAGGCUCUUCUCUGCACCAGUCUCACUGGUAGAAGGAAAAGGAGACGAGGACGAAGUGUACUACGAGCCAACAGCAGACGCCAUCCUCAAGCUGGCUGAGAUUUCUCUUCAAAACUAA